AUGACUUCAAUUGGCACGGGUUACGAUCUUUCAAAUAGUGUGUUCUCCCCUGAUGGUAGGAAUUUUCAAGUGGAAUAUGCUGUGAAGGCUGUUGAAAAUGGUUCAACUUCAAUUGGAAUUAAAUGUAAAGAUGGUGUGGUGUUUGCCGUGGAAAAGUUGAUUAAUUCGAAGCUAUUGGUGCCUUCUAAGAAUGAAAAGAUCCAAACUAUCGAUAAGCAUAUUGGUUGUGUAUAUUCUGGUUUGAUGCCGGACGGCAGACACCUUGUGAAUAUAGGUCGGCAGGAGGCUAACAGUUUUAGAAAACUUUAUCGUAAGCCUAUUACUAUACCGGCGUUUGCAGAUCGUGUUGGUCAGUACGUGCAAGCACAUACGUUAUACAACAGUGUGAGACCGUUUGGAAUUAUUGCCAUAUUUGGUGGCGUUGAUGAUGAAGGUGCCCAUUUGUAUAUGUUAGAGCCAAGUGGGGCUUAUUGGGGUUAUAAAGGUGCUGCUACUGGAAAAGGUAGACAAUCUGCCAAGGCAGAGUUAGAAAAGCUGGUAGCAGGUGACAAACCUGAGCUUUCUGCUAGAGAAGCUGUUAAGGAAGCUGCCAGAAUUAUCUACGUGGCUCACGAGGAUAACAAAGAGAAGGAAUUUGAGAUUGAAUUAAGCUGGUGUUCAAUUUCGGAAACAAAUGGCUUACAUGAAAGGGUUCCCAAGGAAUUGUUCGAUACAGCUAUUGAGUAUGCAAAUAAAGAAAAUGGCGAAGGUAGUGACAGUGACGACUCUGGUGAUAACAAUGAUUCAGAUGAUGAGGAGCCGAAGAAGGAUGAUGAUGAGCCGAAGAAGGAUGCCGAUGGCGAUGUUGAAAUAGCAUAA